AAAAUUAGUAAAUAAAGAUGGUGGCAGCGCAUGAACUGUGUGCGAUAUCGUCACGCGAAAAAUGUCUGGUAAAAUGAAAUGGAAACGAGGAACGUGUACGAUCUCUCAGAAAAAUUCAAAAGUCGUAGAGACUUAGUGAUCGGAGUCACCGCAAAGACGAUAAUAACAGUGUAAAUAGUGUAACUUUCGUAUAGUUGCCCGGGAGCGUAAAGCAGCCGCAAAAGAGGAUAAUUUGGCUCCAGAGUUCACUGUAAGAUAAGAAUAAGAAAAAAUGGUGGUGGGCGAGGCGAGUAUACACAACAUAAUGGGAGGAAUGGAGAGCACGGGCGGGGUGCGACUUCACAAUCACAAACGGAAAUUGAAGCAGAGGUUCGACAUCAUCAAGAAGCUCGGUCAAGGUACUUAUGGCAAAGUUCAAUUGGGAAUCAACAAGGAAACCGGGCAAGAAGUGGCGAUAAAGACUAUCAAAAAAUGCAAGAUAGAAACGGAAGCCGACUUGAUCAGGAUACGAAGGGAGAUUCAGAUAAUGUCGAGCGUUCAACAUCCCAACAUUAUUCACAUAUACGAAGUGUUCGAGAACAGGGAGAAGAUGGUGCUGGUAAUGGAGUACGCAGCCGGUGGCGAACUCUACGACUACUUGAGCGAGCGCAAGGUGCUGACGGAACACGAGGCUCGACGAAUAUUUCGACAGAUAGCCACCGCGGUUUUUUACUGUCACAAGCACAAAAUCUGUCACCGGGACUUGAAGCUGGAGAACAUAUUGCUAGAUCAGGUUGGAAACGCGAAGAUCGCGGAUUUUGGCCUGUCGAACGUGUUCGACGAGCAACGACUGUUGAACACGUUCUGCGGCAGUCCGCUCUACGCCAGUCCCGAAAUCGUCAAGGGUACGCCGUAUCACGGCCCCGAAGUCGACUGCUGGAGCUUGGGCGUUCUUCUCUACACUCUGGUGUACGGUGCCAUGCCCUUCGACGGGUCCAACUUCAAACGACUAGUCAAACAGAUCUCGCAGUCCGACUACUUCGAACCUAAGAAACCGUCGCCCGCCUCCCCUCUUAUCAAAGACAUGCUGACCGUCUGUCCCGCCAGAAGAGCCGACAUCGAAAGGAUUUGCACCCAUUGGUGGGUGAACGAAGGUUACGAGCAGAACUGCUUGGACAUUGCGGAGGACUUGGCGGCUCAAACUCCCGUUCGGUUGGAUCUGCUGCUCUCUCUGGUGCCACAGUCCGCGAGCGCGGAGAAACUGGUCGUUGGGGACCAGCAGCCAGCCGCGGCGGACGUUCCGAACAACGUGUCUUCCGAAACUCUGAUACCUACCAGAUGCCAUUCGGUCGGCAGCUUGAUGGAACUGGAUCAGAGCGGUUCCGAUAGACGGAUAAGAAGAGAGCUAAUCGAGGAGGAGCAGAGGACUGCUCCGAUCGGUGGCGACGCCAAAAGGAAAUUGGAGACAACGCCGUCGAUGGACGAAACGGCUGCCGCCGAUGCCAAGAGGAAGGAGCGAUCUCGAAGGAAAGAGAAGCGGGACGAACCCGAGGCUAGAACGUACAAAUCCGCGUCCAGGCAUCACUCGGCGCCUAUUCCAAACUCGAUCACGGAGGAAGCUAUGGAGGUGGAUCCAAUGGUAACCGUUCCUAUCAGCAAGACCGUCGACUUGAACAAGAUCGAAUCUACGGCAGCUUGUCUGGAAUUAAUCAAAGAAUGUAGCGAGAGGUCACCGAGCAAGGAGAGAAGCAAAACGCCGAUGAUUCACGAGCCGGAACAGCGACCGCUCGCGGUAGACGAAUCCCGGCGAAUCUCGUCGGAAGACCGCGCCGUCGCUAAUCACGACGAGGAGCGCUCGCCGGACGAACGCCAAGCGCAAUCGUUAGACGACGGACACCGUGACGAAUCGUCGUCGAUGACGAAACGUUCGGAGAUGGCGCUCGAUCAAACGAUCGCGUGUUCCGCGACACCCGCCUUCCAACCAUCGAACGAGAAGACAUUGUCCGGAAACGAGAGGUUCGAGAGAACGUCGUCGACCGCCGGUCAAGAGGAAUCGAUCAACCUCGAGGCGACUCAACGAGAGUUUAAGAAGCUGAAAGAAAAGGCGCUCUCUCUCGAUUCGGAACUUUCCAACGAACCGCGAGACGCUGCCGCGAAGACGUUCGAAAGGAGACGCUCCAAGAUAUUCGAGACCGCGGAGAAGUUCAAUCAGAUGGCGUCGACCGUGGAAAACGAGAAACCUAAAAAGAUCUUUAUACCGGGCGUGAACGUCGGAGGGGCGAAACGCGUGUUCGAGAGAAAGGCCAGUCUCUCUUCCAUCGGCACGCCUCCGCCUACGAAGUGCGUGGCGUCCAAAAUGAUCAUCGACGUUCCUACGACGGAUACGAAGAAGAACGAAAAUUCGAACGACAAGUCGAAGCCGACGCGAGUCGAACGCGAGGAACGGGAGGAGCAGGAGCAGCCAGAGGAAAACGAAGAAGACGAGAAGAAGAAGGAAGAGGCGAAAAAACGGGCUAUCGACAUAAUAAGCGGUGCGAUUGGAAAACCACCUAUGCAAAGGAGGAUAAACGGAUCUCCGCCAGUUUCGCCCUCCAGCCAAGAACCGAAGAAACUCGCGUCGAAGAUAUCGGUUAGUACGAACGAUUCGCGUUCGACCGCGCAAUCCUCGACCACGACACCCACCGAGACCAACUUCUCGUUCGAUGAGAAAACAGCGGACGGGGACGGACGAGCGACGGUAAGACCGACGAUGGUAAGAUCGACGAUCUCGACAGAAGCGUUCGACAACGAUAACGACGACGACGGCGACAACGACGACGACGAACCGGAAGAGCCGAAAAUGUCCAGCAAAAUGGAGAUCACUCUGAAGAGCGCGACUCUACCCAGACCACGAAAGACGAGCAAAGCCGAGAUCUCCGUGACGAGCGCGAAACCUUACAAGACGGCCCAAGCUCCGUUCGCGUUCAAAUCCGAACUCGAGGCCAAGAUCGACGCGUUUCAGCCACAGAAGCUGCGAACGCAACGGUCGGAAGUGGCGUUUCCCGUUGCAGCCGCGGUACCGCAGACCAAUCGAAGCUCCAGCUUGGAACCGGAAAGCAGACCGAGGAGCGGUGCGCCGAAGGAGAGGAUAAUUCCGAUUCAGAUGGAAGCGGAUCAUCGGCAGUCGCGACAUUCGUCGACCACGCCUCCACCUUCCAAGCCGCCACCGAUGCCUCAAAGAUCGGUUUCGCAGCGGUCGGGCUCGUUGUCUCGUCAAUCGACCGCAGACUCGGAUACCGACAGCGCUCUCGGAUCGACCGUCGGUCCCGAGCCGAUCCGAAAGAGCCCCCGAGAAUAUAUCAUUCCCAUCGCCGUGGAAGGCGGUGGAUACGUGACCCCCAGAUCCGGUAGCGUGGAGCCCGAGAGCAAAACCGGUGGCACACCGUCUAGCGCCAACGUGCCCCGCUCCAGAUUCGGUAGACCCAGAAGGAUGAGCUCCCUGUUGUCGGAUGCCAGCGAGGAUGAAUCGCCGUUCUCUUCGUUGCACAGGGACAGCGAGGAUCUGUUGCAACGACACAUGCAUCGAUUGAGAAGCUCCCGGCCAUCGAGACAGCCACCGGAACACGUGGACAGCUUGUCCUCCGGCGAGGACGACGACGACGAUGGAUUCGAACUGUUAACCGCCGAGAAUCUAUUCUCCACUCUGCUGUCCAGAGUGCGAAGCUUGACACAGAGAUUGAACGUGGACGACAAUCGUACCACCGGCUUCCCAAGUUCCCGCCUGUUCGGAAGAUUAGGAUCCAAUUCCUCGCAAGCGUUGUGGGGUCUAAACAAACCACUGUCGAGCUACCAGACGUAUGUCGAAACGAGGACCGUGACUACGCGGUUGUCGGAGUCGCAGUUCAGGCAUUCGCUCGGUCGAGAGGGUGACAUACUCUCGAGGAAAGAUUGCGCGAACACGUCGAACCCAGGAACUCCGAGCAGUCCAGGAUCGCACGGUAAUCCUUCGAGGGAAACGGUAUUCGACGUCGGCAGUAACACUUUACCAAGAGCGACCGUGCGAGUGACUCUACGUAGGCGGGCGGAUGCUAAUCCCCAGUAGGCAAAGCAAGUUAGGUACUAUGCCAGCACACUUUUAUCCGACGAACGUCACCUCGUCGCUCUGUUGCCGCACGAUCGAUCGCGCGGAUGUUCGCGAUCGUUCGAGCGACGUGCGGCCGACGUGCGGCCGACGUUCCGAUGUUCGCGCGACACUCGGCCAAACUCUGCACACCUACCGAACAUCGAAGUUGUGAUAUCACGCCGGUCACCGCCGCGCGCUCCACUCGUCGUAGCUCGACCGCGGUCGCGUUCGUCUCGCGCGCCGCCUGACAAACGAAAGCCGACCCGCGGAGAAGCAAGAUCUCGCGUCGAUCGAGCACGCACGCUGCCGAACGAGAAGACGCGCAAGCGAUCCCGUGCGGAUUUCCGCCAGAUCGCCGGACGGACGAUUCGAUCCAUCGACCGGGUCAUCGCGCUUUUUCAAGAAACGCGCCAUCGUCUCGCUGUCACGAUGCGCGAACACCGGCGCGAUGGAUCGAUCGAUCCCCGAGACCACGUAUCCGCUGUGUACCGUGGAAAACUUACGCUACUAAGAGGAAAGAUACUUGGAAAAAUUGUACACCGCGAGGCGAAAGGAGCUAACCCCUGUUUGAGAUGGCUGAUAUUUGUUGUGUUUUUAAGAGUUUAAAUAACAACGUUUUAUUACUUUUACAUUGUUCUCAGCAUGCUUUGAUAACGCUAUCGUAUCGUAUUUAAUACCGUACACUCUGCAUUACCCUCGACUUGAGUUUACACAUUUCACGCGUUCUCAUUUUCGUCACUCGACACGACAUACGUAUUUAUUUCGAUGUUACUCGAUGGUUGAUCUUGCGAAUCCCGCGCGAGUCGCUUUAACGUUCGAGUCGAGUUCAACGCCGGUCGCGCCAACCGGUCAACGGAUUCCAAUGGAUUCGCGAUGGAUUCGCAGAGUCAACCAUCGCGCUCUCCAAAUACCGUUCUGAUUUCUUCGAACCCACUAAAA